AUGUUCCCUCCAGGCCUCAUCACAGAAAGCAACAACGACGAGAGCAGCAGCAGCAGCAGCAGCAUCAUCAUCAUCUAUAGAAAACUCACCAAACAAACAAAGAACAUGUCAACACCCUCGACUUCCGCUCCUCUCGUGUUCGUCGUCGGCGGCACCGGGGCGCAGGGCAUGGCCGUCAUCCGCGGUCUCGUCCACGACGGCGCCUACGCCGUGCGCUUCCUCACGCGCGACGCCACCUCGCGCCGCGCCCUCGAGCUCCUGCAGCUCCCCAACGUCACCGCCCUCGAGGGCACCUUUGCCAGCGAGCCCGACCUCCGCGCCGGCCUGCGCGGCGCGCGCUUCGCCUUUGUCAACGUCGACGGCUUCAACGCCGGCGAGAAGACGGAGACGUUCUGGGCGAUGCGCGCCUACGAGCUCGCCAUCGAGGAGGCCGGCGUGGAGCUCUUCGUGUACGGCAACCUCGACUUCGCGUACAAGAAGGGCGGGCACGACCCGGCGCUGCGCUGCGGCCACUACGACGGCAAGGGCCGCGUCGGGGAGUGGAUUCUGCAGCAGAACCGCGACCCGGCCGGUCACAACAUGCGGGCGGCGCUGUUCACAACGGGACCCUACAUGGACAUGGUAGUCGGGGCCGGCACGCCCUCGUCGCCCUUGGUCGACGCGGACGGCGUCGUGACCUGGCGCGUGCCGCUCGGCCGCUCCGGCGCCGUCGCGCACGUCGACCUCGACGACUGCGGGCACUACGUCCGGUGGCUGCUGGACCACCCCUCGCGCGCCGACGGCAUGGACCUGGCCGUCGCCGUGGACCUGGUGCGGUACGACGAGCUCGCGCGUGCCUUUUCCGCGGUCACCGGGCGGCCGGCGCGCUUCGUCGACGUCGACCUCGCCGAGUACUGGGAGUCCGGGCCGCUGAGCCGCGCGGCCGCGGCGCCGGCCGGGUACAACGCGGACCCGGCGGACGCCGCGACCAUGACGCUGCGGGACAACUUCACCGGCUUCUGGAACGUGUGGAAGCGGUCCGGGGGGGAGGACGGGGUGGUGCGCCGCGACUGGGCGCUGCUGGACGAGAUUCACCCGCGGAGGGUGCGCUCGGUGGAGGAGUGGUUCCGGAGGGAGGAGGAGCGGAGCAAGGAGAGGGGGCUGCCGGACCUGUGGACGCGUGUGAACAACCUCCGUCCGGUGCUCAAGGUCGCGGAGGACGGCAGAAGGGGGAGGCUGUGA